GGCGCGAGUCUCCUUCCGCGAUCGCGAGAUUCCGAAAUUCAAACCUGGGGCCGAGUGACGUCAUCGGGGACUCCGGUUCACGCAGCGGCGCACGAAGCGACACCGUCGCGACACUCGUCGUCGUCGUUCACUGCGCCAUCGUCACUGUCGCUGCGUCGGUAACGUCUCUCGCGACUAUUACCGAGCGCGCGGGCGCAGUUUGCAGGUUAUGUCGUAGCGCGGGCGGAGAAAGAAAGAGGCCGUCGCGGCCGAUUUGUUUGUCGCCCAGCCGCGGAGCAAGUAUGGCGACGUGGGAGAGCGACAGGUUUCGGGAGGACGGGGACGACGAGAAUGUCGACGGCAUCGCGGCGAACUUCGACAGCAUCCUCGUGACGCACGAUCUGCAGGACUGCCUGGACGACACGCUCGACCUGUCGAGCUUCGAGAGGGUCUACGAGCAGAGCUCGGUGUUCGCUUACGAGAGAUACUCCGACGACGAUGCUGCUAUCAGCGAGAGGCUACCCGUCACCGAUGACAACACGACCGGGCACAGUCAGCAGGCGGUCGGCCCGGAUGACAUUUACAUGCGCGUUCAUCAGGGACAGGACGAGGCGCUGCCAGAGGAUCGCGCGACUUCGCGCGAGGCCGUCGCGAUGGAGAGCGCGGACCCGGACGCCAGCCAGAAACAUAUCAAUCGUUACAAUUGCCAGUACGAGGGCUGUGCCCGAACGUACAGCACUAUCGGGAAUUUACGCACGCACAUGAAGACGCACAAAGGCGAGUAUCGAUUUAAAUGCGCGGAGCCGAGUUGCGGCAAGGCCUUUCUCACGUCGUACAGCCUAAAGAUCCACGUUAGGGUACACACAAAAGUAAAACCGUUCGAAUGCAAUCACAAAGGCUGCGAGAAAGCGUUCAAUACCCUUUACAGACUGAGAGCUCACCAAAGACUCCACAGCGGCAACACGUUCAACUGCGAAGAGACCGGAUGCGUUAAAUUCUUCACCACUCUAAGCGAUCUCAAGAAACAUAUACGCACUCAUACUCAAGAGAGGCCGUACAAGUGCAGAGAAAAGGGUUGCGGUAAGGCCUUUACGGCCUCGCACCACCUAAAAACGCACAAAAGGACGCAUACGGGCGAACGACCGUAUGUGUGUACCUAUGAAAAUUGUAAACGGCGCUUCACUACUCCUCAUAGCCUGAAGAGCCACAUCAAGACGCAUAACAAAGCCGGAAGUAACGAAACGAAGCCCAAAGACGGCGGUGGCGACGAUAUGGCCGAGGAGCGGACGAAGCAGCCGACCCAGUUGGAACUGAAGCUGGUGAAAGUCAGCGCGAGCGACACCGCGAUACCGUCCUACGCCGUCAUCCCGAUAUCCUCGAAGCUCGGGGCGCAAAGCAACGGAAACUGCAUAUCGUACGUCUCGGUCGACAAUUCGGCGGGGCAGGCGUCGGUGGUUUCUAGCGACGUAACCAUGGAUAUAAUGGACCACGGCAAGCUCGACGCGAAGGUCGCCUACGCGGCUGCCAAAGACGCGACAGACUCGAGCGGAACCAGCGACGUCGCGCUUCUCGCGACGGACAUCAUGCUGGACAACUUCACCGAGCACGCGGUCGACGCUUUCAACAACAACGACGACGGUUACGGCGAGUUCCAUCGGAGUCACCGGCAUGAAUCGGCCUCGCUGCCGGAGGCGCGCGGCGACGACGUGGACGCGCCGGACGACCGGUCUGUCCCGAUGAAUCUCGAGCAGAAGAUCAUGCGGGACGGCCUGCAGAACACGAUCGCGCACAUCUCCGAGGAGGCGAGUUUCACGAGUGAUAUGAAGCAGUACAAAAGCGAGUCCGCCGCCGGCACGUCCGCCGGCGGCGUCUUCGCGCGCCGAGCGAACGGCGCGGACGGCGGCAGCGACGACGACGCAGCGUUGUAUAGUGCCAAUUGUAUUACUAGUCAUAUUCCCGAGAUCAUAAGUUCCUCGCACGAAGGUGCCAACCUGUUCGAGAGCGGGAUAGACGCCCUCUCGUUCAUCGACGACGGCGCGUCGCUGCCGAGCGAGCCUCUCGACGCCGUGCCGACCCACGAUCUCUGCGCGAGCGCGCAGUCCGCGGCGGUGGAGCUGGCGAUCGCGGCCGAGGAGGAGCUACCGUCGCCGUGGAUCGACGUGAUGGCCCUGGCGACCGCGCCCGCGCUCAGGACGCAGUCCUGGUCCGAAUUGAACGCCUUCCCCACCGCGGUCCACUCGCUGGUCGAUCUCGUAGGCCCGGAGCCGUAUCCGCUGGAGAUCGAGGCGCACCUGCCGUCCACCGAGAGCCCCAAGAGUGCCGUGAACACGGAGCACGUCGCGGCGGAGACGAGCGUCGAGGUCGUCGCGCAGUGCCAGAGACCCGGCGAGCGCGGGAGCUCCGAGCGGCACCGCGAGGGCGACCCGACGAGGGACAAGAGGGACCGAAACGUCCUGCACGAGAUCACGGCGGACGCGGACAUAUGCCGGUGCGUGGACUGUAAGUGCGACGGGAUGCGGAACUGCCAGGGCCGCGCGAGGAGCCCGGAGGUGACGGAAGUCGCGCCGAAGGACACGAUAAAGAUCGUGGACGAGUUCGUGUCCUCGCUACAGGGUGGAUGUUCCUGCAACGGCGCCGCCAGCGGCGACUGCGACUCCUGCUGCGUCGUGAUCUGCCUGAAGACGCUGCAGCAGCUGCAGAAGGUGUUCAGCAGCUGUUGCAAGAACGCCGCGGCGAGCAGCGCGUGCUGCGGCGAGAAGCUGUUGCCGUCGCUGAUGAAGUGUCAGCUGGCCAGGAAUCAGUGAGCUGUUGAGGGAGUCGCGCGGAAUCGCUAACUAGUCACGCAGCAGGAGGACGACGACGACGCUUCAGAUUUUCACGUUAACUCUCUCCGGUUGAGGAUUCGUCAUUUUAUCAGCCGAUAGCUUUAAAUUUGCCUUAUCGCGCGAGCAGCGAGCUUAUCCUGCCCGCCGAGUGCUUCUUCCUACGACGAGAAUUGAGAAUAUACGAUUGUGUACAUAUAUACACGCGCGGCAUAUCCAGUGGAAUGAGAAAUUUUAUGGAGAUCGUUGUCAGUUAUACACUCGAGAAAUUUGUAGGUCUUUUUGCAAAAAGAAAGAGAGCAGCGCGCACGUUUGCUUACAUGUGCGUGUAUACACACGAAAAUAAUGUUGCAUAAUUUGUGAUAAGGAGAUAACAAGGAGGAUAACGUUGCAAUAUCGUUCAUACGCAUGAAAAGAAAGUCGCUUUUUACGGUCGACGACGAUGUGCGCUUGCACGUGGCGACAACAAACCGAAAUAAUGUAAUGCGCGACUAUUUUUUAUACCGAUAAGAUAGUUUUCGACAACACGAGCAAACUAUUACGUUUUAUAAACGUUGCGGCAAGCAACGUUCGCGCGCAGAGGCGAAAUAGACAAAUAGUACAGUUUGAUAUUCGAGUCAACCGCGAAUACAAAUGCAUAUGCUGUCUCCCCCCCGACGUACGGUCGCUCGAGCUUGAACGAAUCAACGGAGCACGUACAGCGUAGCAACUUUUAGUUCUACUAUAUAAAUACCAAAAAAUGAUAUAGCAAUAAUGUUGUAAUUAAGUUUAAGAAUUUUAUUUAUUUAACUGUACCGAACGUCUUCGUUUUCCGGACGCAGGAGCGACGUCAGGAAUAUCAGGCUGUCGCUCGCAUGAUAUUUGCGGGAAAGGAAGGGCUUUUGUUGCUAGUUCAAAACGAGAAAAAAAGAAAAGAAGCAAGGGAGAACUCGACGUUCCUAGAAGUCAAUCCUAGAGAGUGCCAAAUAAUACUUACAAACAUCCAAAGUAUUCGCAACGUGACGGUGCGUGUUAGACGUUAACUGUUUUAGGAUACGCACUUUAGUGCCUUACGCGUUUACGUUUUAUUAUCGUAAACGGGGGGAGUAGAUCGGCGAGACGUGAGUUUUUACAGUUUUAGCGUGGAGAUUGUUAUGGCUGUUACGUUAGUACUUGCAAUAUCGAUGUACCUAAAUAGCUUGUAAACGGCAGCAUAUUUAUUAUGUUGUUAACGGACGAGUAUCAAAACUAACAUUAAUAAAGAAUUACUACGAUAACUACGA